CACUAGACUACCCACUUCUUCCGCUUCCUCUGCUAGACGACGUCACUUCAAGGCUUCGGUAUACCAUUAUGGCUGACGCCACCUCUCCCAGAGCUUCGGCAUCGACUUCAUCUGCGGAGUGGGAUCUUAUCGCACUCUCAGCGCAGGCGUCGUCCACUUCUUCGCUGUGCAAAGGGGAGCUCUCGCCAUCCUUCCACACCCAGACAGCCCAGCGUCUCCUGGCCCAGUAUGCAGCCUCUUCCUCUUCUCUUCCUGCUAGUCUGAAGUGGGACCAGUCUAGCUCUCCUUUCGAUGCUAUCCAGCUAGCAGCAGCGGCACUUGCGGCUUUCGUCCAGCUCAAUUGGACGGGACCCGCUGUACCAGAGGAUAUCCAGCCAGCAACUCUCCUUCGCUGGGCAAACCCUUCCGCUUUCCCUCCUCGCUCUGUGCAAGACGAUGAUGAGGCGGAGACGAGGCAGUCAGAGGAUUUCGAGGCUCGAUUGCGCUCCCAGGCUCUCGAUUCCCUCACCUGCGAAGGUGAGCCUGCGUACCACCUCUGCGAGCAGCCCAUCUAUCUCGUCGUCGCACUCGAUGUGCUCAAGACCCUCAGCCGUACCCUGCCAAUUCAGGAACAGCCCGAGUCUCUUCCCUGGUGGAGAUUAAGAGCUGCCAGCAUACACAACCGCAUACUGGAUACCGCUGUACCCCUCCCUCGGUCCGUUCUCGCACCCGUAGAUGCGCUUCUGGAGAAGCUCGCUAGCCGUGCUGCAGCUGCUCCUGCCUCUGCCUCUGCCUCUGCCUCUGCCUCUGCCUCUGCCGAUGCAACGAGCAGCCCCUCCUCACCGGGUGCUCUACACGCCCGACUACUACUUGAGCGCGGUCUGGCUCUAUCGCGAGUUGGGCAAGACAAGGAGGCCAACGAGUACUUUGUCAAGGCUGGACAGGCCUCGGGCUUGAAGUACGAGCUGACUGGCGCAAUGGGAAAGAAGACGAAGUUUCAAAAGGAGGAAAAGACUAUUCUGGUCGUUUUGGCGGAGAGUACGAGGGAGCUAGAAGGCGAAGAGGCUGAGAGCAAUGCUGGAUCUGGCGCAGACAGGGAAGAAGCUGCUCUUCUGGAAGGGGAGGACGAGGUGGCUCCUCUACCUUCUACAGGUUGGAAGGCAGCGCCUGCAUCAGGUCAACGAUCAGACCUUCCUGCGAACUACCAGCUCAACGACGAUACACUCCUCGAGCAGACGCGAUUCACCUCGAACAGCUCUUCGGAAUCCAUAUCCCAUCGAGAUCCUGCCAAUCAGCCGCCCCUCGCCCCCUUGGACCAGGCUGUACUCCUGGCGCUAUCCCUAGCGAUCCGCAACGCAGCUCCUGAGCAUGGCCUGACUACAUCGCAGAUUUCAGCCUUUGUGGCCAGAGUUGCUCAGCAUCCUCGCAAUUGGUCAGUCUACACCAUGGCUCUUCUCCUCCGAUCACGUCUCGAGGCUACACGCACUCGUACUGCAGAACGAGCCGUGCUGCAAUUGCAAGCACUGCUGGAUCAGAUGCCGACUUCAGACUCGACUUCCCAAGAGCGGCUGCGGUACUUCUAUCAGCUCGACCUACCUCCAAAAUGGGAGCUUCAGGCCGAAUUGGCAAAGAGGUACGCUACGUUGGGUGUGCUCAGAUCGGCAUUGGAGAUCUUUGAAAAGAUUGAGCUGUGGGAGGAAGUUGUGCACAUGCUUGGAUCCAUGGGUCGGCAAGAGGAAGGCAUCGAGGUGAUCCAAGAUCUCCUCUCGGGAAAGAAAGUCGAGGCCUCGCAAGCCAUUGUGAGCCGCAAGUCCACCUCUUCCUCUUCGCCCGCGACUGCUGCAAUGACUUCCACGCUCAACACUGCCCGUCAGGCAAAGCUGUGGUGUUUGCUAGGAGACCUACAGCCAGCACAAGCAGAAGCGCACUACACGAAGGCUUGGGAGCUCUCCGGACGACGCUCGGCACGCGCUGCGCGCUCCCUCGGCGGGCUAUACUUCUCUCAAGCUUCACCAGACUACGGACUAGUCGUCUCCUGGCUACACAGAGCCCUAAAGAUUUCUUCUCUCAUGGCGCGCAGCUGGUUCAUGCUCGGCUGUGCGUACAUGCGAAGGGAAGAGUGGGGCAAAGCCGCGCGAUCCUUCCGUAGGACUACUGCCAUCGAUGAGGAGGACGGUGAGGCCUGGAACAACCUUGCCAGCUGCUACCUGCGCAUGGUAAACGGUGCCACCGUCGAAGACAUCGAGGCGGACGAUCCUGAAAUGGAGGAGCAGGGACGAGGAGAGGACGGCGGAAACGAGUCCGACCGCACCCUCCGCACAGACUCGGGCGUUGAGCUCAGCUCUUCAGACGAAGCACAGCUCGAGGAUGGCAAUGAUGACCAGGAGAGGGACGCUUCCCGUCGCGAGGUCCUCACGCCCUUUGUCCUCAAGACGCUCGCGCACCGCUGUCUCCGUCACGCCCUUCGUCACAAUCCCGACUCGUGGAAAGUCUGGUCCAACUACAUGAUCGUCAGCGUCGAUGUGGGCGAGAUGAACGAGGCUUGUCGCUCCCUCGCCAAAGUCGUACAACUCAAGUCACGCUCUGCCUCCAAUGGAGCUGGAGGUGGAGGGGGAAGAAUUGGAGAGGAAGACGUGGAUUGGCAGGUGCUGGACCGGUUGGUCGAUGCGGUCAUUCGUUCUCCCGGACAGACGGUUGAAGAGGUUCAGGAGGAGGUGGAAGAGGAGAAGCGCAGGCUGGAGCAGGCAGAGGGACUUGAGCAACCACAGCCACAACCACAGCUACAGCCGUCCCCACAGCAACCAGCAGGUGCGCAAGCUAGCAAUGCUAGUGGGUACGAAGCAGCCACAUCGGGCGCAGUCUCCGUGCCCGUGGCAGCCCCUGUGCCUAUGAACGGCAGUGCGCCUCCCUCAGCCGCAGUGCCCUCCUUAAAAGGUCGCUCUCCCAACGAAGGACGCGGGUUGUACCCCUCCCUCCUCUCCCUCCUCACAAACACCCUCCUCCCAGCCCUCUCCCACCCACGUCUCCAUCGAGCCCAUGCCCGCUUACUCCUCUGGUCGCGCCAAUACCCUCAAGCACUCGAAGCUCACUUGGCCGCUUUCCGUUCUUCUCCUGCUGGAGAUGUAGCACGCUUGAAUGAAGUUGCGGCGGAUUUGACGGGGGAAUUGUGGAAGGAGGUGGUAGUGGAGGUGAAGGAGACUUGUGAGGCAAUUGAGACGUUGAGUGCUAGGAUGGACAAGGAGAAGGAGGGAAAGUUCAAGGCGAGGAGUCUUUUGAGGACAUUCAUGGCGCGAUUCAAGGAUUGGGAGGAGAGGGAGGAGUGGAGCGAAUUGCUGCAGUUGAAAGAGGAGCUCAAGUGAGGUGUGGGGUGUCGUUAAAAAGGCAAUGGAAUUAUAGGAUCUUCUUGACAAA